AUGCUGUUAGCUACUAGGUUAUAUGGGCAGAAAGCCUCCAUUGGAGCGUCUUUAAAUAUCCCCCACCUUGCUCGCCGGGCAUCAACAUGGGCUAAUGUCCCGCAAGGACCUGCUGUAAGUCAAAGCUGCAUCACCGAAGCAUUUAGAUCGGACAAUUCAAAAGAGAAAAUAAACCUCGGUGUCGGCGCGUACCGUGAUGAUCAUGGAAAGCCAUUCGUACUUAAUUCCGUACGAGCAGCAGAAAAUCUCAUUGUGUCCUCUGGCCUCAAUAAAGAAUACUCAGGAAUCACAGGGCUACCCGAUUUUACCAAAGCAUCAGCUACUUUAGCUUUUGGUGCAAAUUCUAAUGUUCCAGAGCGUACAGUGACAUCACAGACGAUCUCGGGAACGGGAGCCCUCAGAAUUGGUGGGGAAUUUCUCUCACGUUUCUAUAAAGGAAGCAAAAAGAUAUACAUUCCAAACCCAACGUGGGCCAACCAUGCCAACAUAUUUAAGGACUCAGGCCUGAUCGUAGAAGGAUAUAAAUAUUACAACCCGAACACUUAUGGUCUUGAUUUCGAUGGUAUGAUUAUGGAUAUAAAGAAUGCACCAAUUGGUAGCAUAUUUCUCCUUCAUGCAUGUGCUCACAACCCAACUGGAGUGGACCCAAGUAGUGAGCAAUGGAAAGAAAUCAGUAAAGAAAUGAAGGCGCGUGGUCACUACAUCUUUUUUGAUAUGGCUUACCAAGGGUUUGCAAGUGGAGACACUGAUAAAGAUGCGUUCCCAAUUCGUCACUUUGUUUCUGAUGGGCACAACUUCUGUCUUGCUCAAUCAUUUGCCAAGAACAUGGGUCUGUAUGGUGAACGAGUCGGUGCCUUCUCUAUCGUUUGUGAAAAUAUAGAGGAGAGAAGACGUGUUGACUCGCAGGUCAAGAUUUUGAUACGCCCGCUCUACUCCAAUCCUCCCAUUCACGGCGCACGUAUAGCUUCUAAUAUCCUGAAUAACGAAACUCUGAAGAGCCAAUGGCUUACUGAAGUUCAAGAAAUGGCUAGUCGUAUUAUCAAGAUGCGUGCUCUUUUAAGAGAGGAACUCGAGAAGUUGGGUAGCAGUCACGACUGGUGCCACAUCACCAACCAAAUUGGUAUGUUUGCUUAUACUGGUCUGACACCUGUGCAAAUGGAGAAAUUGCAAAAUGAUUUCUCAGUCUACGCUACGCGAGACAGUCGGAUAUCGGUCGCUGGUAUUACAUCUGCAAACGUGAAGAGACUCGCUUCUGCAAUACACGCCGUCAAGCCAUAG